AUGUUAGACAGCACGAUGCAUUGUUGCUUUUUAAGAUUUAAUCCUCAAUUUAUUCGUCAUUCUACUUUAAGACAUAAUUUGUCAAAUUAUUCAAAUAUUCCAGAAUUUCAAAAUCCAUCGAGUAGAUUAAUUGAUGAGUGGAAAGUUUAUUGUGAAAUGGAUGAAAAUUUUAAUAUUAAUAACGAAUUUAGUUUGAUUUUAGAAAAUUAUUGGAAAGAUAAAUUACAUACCUUACCCGUUCUUUCCAAAAUUACAUUAAUUUAUAUCUGGGUUCCU